AUGGCUUCGCAGGGAGGGAAGCCCGGGGGCCACCCCUCAAAACAGCAGAAUUCGUAUCCCUGGCGCACCAGCCUUUUGUUUUUGUUUUUCACACGGGCCCACAAACAAUACUCACGCUGUCCUCCUGGAGGUUUACAUUCUCUGGAGAUGGGUGUACUGUACCAGAUCCGCUAUGUGGUCCGGUACGCGAGAGAUAAUUGCAUUGGCACUAUUCUUGGGCGCGUUCUCCCUGGUUGUAGAUGUAUAUUUUUUGGGUCAUACGCGAUAUGCACCCCAUUCUUGGGGGUCUCAGCACAGGGUCUGCAAUACAAACACACCAGUCAAGACGCAACGCCGAAUCGAAGGGAGUUUGGAUACGAGACAAUGCCUUCACACCUGGGGUUCCGACACGUUGUCACGUCAUACCCACAGCAAACCAGACGCAAUGCCGAUUCGAAGCGAGGACUCUUAGAGAGAUCAAUCGCAGGGGUUGCUCAGCAACUGGUCAACGGGCUCAUUCUCUUCAGAGCAGGGAGGAAUAGUGCUGCCUUAGGCGGAUACUUGAUACAGGGGGGGGACGCGCAAUACGAAGCGCACGCGCCUUACGAUUGCACAGAAAAUCGAGGUUGGGCAUCUGCUGCAGGUCGGAUAGUUGGUCGAAAUGAAACAGAAAUUGAUAAAUCUAUGGUGGAUGGUAUAGUAGGGUUUCUCUCCCGACUGAGCCUGGUGCCAGAAGACGGCCUUGCAGAAACUGCAGAAUUCUGCAGGAAAGAUGUGGAGGAAUGGAUUGAGAUCGAGACUAAUGAGCUUGUGGCAGAAGCUUCUAUUAGUGAUGCUUGCGAUUCAAUACAUUAUGGCGGAGAGCUACAGAAUCAGUCUGCCAGUGAUGCUAUGAUGGAUGAUUGUGUGGCAGAAGACGAGUGUGAAAUUACAGAGAGGCGGGCCGUACCGAGUGCUGUAGUGCUAGCAAGGUUGUUUGGGUCUUUGGAGAGUCUGGGUGUGGAGUGCGAUGUGAGCAAUGCCUUAUCGCACUUGAGGUCCGCAAAACGAGCUUUUCUAGAAGCUAGUGCAUGAGAGACAGGGUCAAAGGCAACAACAGCAGACUCUAACAACAGAGUUCUGGCCGGGUAGUGAUUCUGCUUUCUGAUUGUGCCGCUCCGAAUUAGUGCCGUAUUAUUAGUCCUUACACAGGGCGGCACUAAUGCGUAGGGUCGACUG